AUAAGGUGUCAGGACGUGGCGGUCUAUUUCUCCAUGGAGGAGUGGGAGUAUGUAGAAGGACACAAGGAUCAGUACAAGGAUCAGGUCAUGAUGGAGGAUCAGCAGCCCCUCACAUCACCAGUCAGAUCCAGUAAGAGAACAGCACCAGAGAGGUGUCCCCGCCCUCUUCUUCCACAGGAUGAUCAGGGAGAAGAUCGGAAGAAUAUUAAUGCUCUAGAGGCAUAUGUGAGCGGUGAUGAGCAGUAUAAGGAGGACAUUCUUACAGAGAAAGAUCUGAUCUAUAAUAAUGCUACAGACAUAAAGGAAGAAGAUGAGACAGAUGUGAGCGGUGAUGAGCAGUAUAAGGAAAAUAUUCCUAAAGAGAAAGAUCUGAUCCACAUUAAUGCUACAGAGAUAAAAGAAGAAGAGACAGAUGUGGGUGGUGAUGAGCAGUAUAAGGAGGACAUUUCCACAGAGAAAGAUCUGAUCUAUAUUAAUGCUCCAGACAUAAAGAAAGAAAAGACAAAUGUGAGUGGUGAUGAGCAGUAUAAGGAGGACAUUCCUACAGGGAAAGAUCUGAUCUAUAUUAAUGCUACAGAUAUAAAGGAAGAAGAAGCAGAGACAGAUGUGAGCGGUGAUGAGCAGUAUAAGGAGGACAUUCCUACAAGGAAAGAUCUGAUCUAUAUUAACGCUCCAAACAUAAUAGUAAAAGUAGAAGAAGAGACAGAUGUGAGCCGUGAUGAGCAGUAUAAGGAGGACAUUUCUACAAGUAACCACCCAGAUAAUUGUACCUGGAGAUCAGAGGAGAAUCUUAUAUCUUCAGAUUAUAAAGCAGAUGAUGAUAUCACACAAGAUACAUAUGAAGAACAUUCCAUUAUCCCAGAUACACCCUCAGCCCUUCACAGCCAAGAUCUGUCAUCUCAUCCUUAUAUACAGGUCCUGUCUUCUCAGUCAUCACAGGAUGUUCAGCAAAAGAAAGGUCACAGAAGGGGUGUUGGACAUCAACGAGCUCAUACAGGAAAGAAACCAUAUUCAUGCUCAGAAUGUGGGAAAUGUUUUAUAUUUAAAUCAGUUCUUGUUGUACAUCAAAGAACUCACACAGGAGAGAAGCCAUUUUCAUGUUCAGAAUGUGAAAAAUGUUUUAAUCGGAAAUCACAUCUUGUUCAACAUCAAAGAACUCACACAGGGGAAAAAACAUUUUCAUGUUCAGAAUGUGGAAAAUGUUGUACUCAGAAAUCAGAUCUUAUAAAACAUCAAAGAACUCACACAGGGGAGAAGCCAUUUUCAUGUGUAGAAUGUGAUAAAUGUUUUAUUAAGAAAUCAUAUCUUGUUGUACAUCAAAGAACUCAUACAGGAGAGAAGCCAUUUUCAUGUUCAGAAUGUGAAAAAAGUUUUAACCGGAAAUCACAUCUUGUUCAACAUCAAAGAACUCACACAGGGGAACAAACCUUUUCAUGUUCAGAAUGUGAAAAAUGUUAUACUCAGAAAUCAGCUCUUAUAAAACAUCAAAGAACUCACACAGGGGAGAAGCCAUUUUCAUGUUCAGAAUGUGGGAAAUGUUUUACUCAGCAAUCAAAUUUUGUUAAUCAUGAACGAAUUCACACAGGAGAGAAGCCAUUUUCAUGUGUAGAAUGUGAGAAAUGUUUUACUAAGAAAUCAUAUCUUGUUGUACAUCAAAGAACUCACACAGGAGAGAAGCCAUUUUCCUGUUCAGAAUGUGGAAAAUGUUUUGCUCAGAAAUCAGAUCUUGUUAAACAUCAAAGAACUCACACAGGGGUGAAGCCCUUUUCAUGUGCAGAAUGUGGGAAAUGUUUUACUGAUCAAACAAGUCUUAUUCAACAUCAAAGAACUCACACAGGAGAGAAGCCAUUUGUAUGUGUAGAAUGUGAGAAAUGUUUUACUUGUCAAUCAAAUCUUCUUAAACAUCAAAGAACUCACACAGGGGAGAAACUAUUUUCAUGUUCAGAAUGUGGAAAAUGUUUUCCUUAUAAAACACGGCUUGUUAAACAUCAGAGAAUUCACACAGGGGAGAAACCAUUUUCAUGUUCAGAAUGUAGGAAAUGUUUUACUUCUAAAUCAAAUCUUGUUGAACAUAAAAGAAUUCACACAGGGGAGAAACUAUUUUCAUGUUCAGAAUGUGGGAAAUGUUUUAUUUCUAAAUCACGGCUUGUUGAACAUCAGAGAACUCACACAGGAGAGAAGCCAUUUUCAUGUUCAGAAUGUGGUAAAUGUUUUACUCAGAGAUCACAUCUGUCUGAACAUCAAAAAAUUCAUAUUGGAGAGAAGCCAUUUUCAUGUUCAGAAUGUGGGAAAUGUUUUACUUCUAAAUUAAAUCUUGUUCAACAUCAAAGAACUCACACAGGGGUGAAACCAUUUUCAUGUUCAGAAUGUGGAAAAUGUUUUACUUCUAAAUCAAGUCUUGUUCAACAUCAGAGAACCCAUACAGGAGAGAAGCCAUAUUCAUGUGCAGAAUGUGGAAAAUGUUUUACUAAUAAAUCACAUCUUGUUCAACAUCAAAGAACCCACACAGGAGAGAAGCCAUAUUCAUGUGCAGAAUGUGGAAAAUGUUUUACUCGAAAAGCAAUUCUUCUUAUACACCAAAGAAUGCACACAAAGUAGCCUUCUAACUUGUCAAAUUGUACAAAAGCUACAACCAUUGCAGUCAAAGUCAUAGGAGAGAUCAAUGUAGAGCAAUAAAUUUACAUUGAAAAAGUGACUAUUCCAAAAAAUGUCUGAUGUACAAAAUGCGAAUAGAAUCCAAAUAAUACAUCUGUAUUUACGUCACCAGGUACUAGAAUAUUAUAUAUAUAAACUGGUCCCAAACCUUGUUACAAAUGUUUAAUAAAAAUUUACUUUUCAAACAUAAAGUUUCUUAUCCAUUUAUCUCUAUAAUUUUGUCUGCUGGGAAAUAAUCCCCCAUAACAAUGUAGAGAUAUGAUGUGUCCGCUGCUCCUCAUGGUGAAGACCCAACAGGUAUAAUCCAUGGGGAGCUGCUGGGACUGGAUAUUCCCCACCGGCCAUGAUUGACAGAUCGCU